AUCGCAUUUUGGUCUAAAAUAUGUUAGAGGAUGCGAAAUAAGUGAGAUUAUUGGUGAUGAUGGUAAACCGAUUGAAGAAGUUGUUAAGCCAAAUGUAGAAGAAAAGCAAAAAAUUUCUGGAAAUUCUAGAACCCUUCGCGUAUUGUUGGACACAAAUCAAUAUAAAAUUGAUAUGAACAAGUUCGCAAAUACCAAAGAGGAGGAUGUAUACGAAACAUUUAACGUGUUAAUGAGAAGAAAGCCAAAA